AUGGAGAUGAGUACGGGACUUAGAGUGGAUCUCCUUGUCCUCCUCUUCGUCGUGCAAGGCUUGGCGGAAUAUCAUUCCACCUCAAAGGUGACUGGGACCGUUGGUGGGGUGGUCUAUCUCAGCCCCAGCGUGAAGAACCCAACCUCUUACUUCCAAAUCCACUGGCGCCGCAACAACACGGUGCGGCUCGCCAGUCGCUCCAACGGGGCCGAGGCUCAAUACCCCAACAACCUCUACAAGGGACGUCUGGAGCUCUUCCCCAACAAUACCCUGAAGAUCAGCAGCCUGCAGAUGAGCGACAGCAGCAUUUACCAGGUGUACCUGGAGGAUGAGACAGGCAAGGAGGACAUCGAGGCCAUCAGCCUGGAGGUCCACGACACCAUGGUGGAUGUGAUCAUGAACGACCCAGAGAGGUGCAGAUCCACCCUGAAGUGCUGUGUGGGGCUGGAAGAAGUGACCUAUGAAUGGAGCAGACCCGAAAAGACUGCGAUUCUCUCUCUUCAGCUAGAUGCCCUCAACUCCUCGGCAGAAAUCUGCACCUGCAAGGUCAGCAGUCCUGUCUCCUCCAACAACAUGUUCGUGACCUACAGACACCCCUGCUCCGGGUCAG